AUGGAAAAACAAUUAUUUUUUAAAGUUUUUAAUAAUAAAUAUAUUUCAUCUUUAAUUUUUUCAUUUAUUUCAACCUCAUCUUUUAUGGGGGGAAAAUUUAAAUAUGACGAAAUAACUAGUGUUCAAUGGAUGAUAGAUAAUAAACAUUAUUCAUUAUUAAAAGAUAAAGUUAAAAUAGGUAAAGAGAAUUUAUCAUUUUACCCAGUAUCAAAUGAAAUAUAUUUUCCUCUACAAUAUCCUCAUGAUAUAAAUAGAUUCUUUGGAAAUUGUGAAAAUAAUAAAAAUAAAAAUAAAAAUAAAAAUGAAUUAAAAAAAAAUGAAGAAAUUAAAUUUGAUCCAAAGAAAUCUGAUUUUUUAUUUUCAAUUUUUUCAAUUCCAGAUAUUAAAAAAAAAAAAAAAAUAAAAAAAAUAAAAACAACUAGAGAAGAAGAAGAAGAUGAAGAAGAAGAGGAAUCAAUUGAAAUUAUUUCAUUACAUAAUGAUAUAGAAUUUUAUUAUUAUUUAUUUAAAAAUUAUUAUUCAAGUUUUUUUAAAUUUAUGAAUAUUAAAUUAUUAGUUGAAAAGUUAAUUUCAUAUGAUAAUUAUAUAGCAUUAGAUUUACUUUAUAUGGAAUAUAAAUUAAUUGAACCAACUCUUACUAUGUUUAUAUCAUCAGUUAGAUUGAAUUCAUUUAAAAUGGCAAACUAUAUUUAUAAUCAAUUGGGUUGCCCAGAAAUGGAUAAUCAGAUCUUAUGGAAUUCAAUAAUAAAUAAAGAAAAUCGGUCAAUUGAUAUCGAUAAAAAAUUACAAUAUUUAGUUUUUAAAACUUUACAAUUAUCAAAUAAAACAAUACCAAAUCAAUUAAAACCAAUAGAUUAUAAAAUUAAUACACUAUUUUUCAAAUCAACAUUAGAGUCAUUAUUAAAUUCAUGUUAUAGUAUUUCAAUUUUAAAUUUACCAUCAUUAGAAAACUGGGAAUUAAAAAAAAAACAAUUAAAUAAUCAAAGUUUUGGGUCAUCUGAUAUUUUAAUUAAUCCACUUUUAAAAGAAACAAUUGAUGAACCAUUAUCAAUUGAGGAAUUAGAUAAUAUAAAAUUACAAUUUAAAAAUUUAAAUUUACCAUUAUCAAUAAUAAUUAAAAAUAUAAAUUUUAAUAAUAAUAAUAAUAAUAAUAUUAAUAAUGAAAAUGAAAAAAUAAAAUUAUUAAUUUCAAAAUUAUUUAAAAUGAUAAUACCAUAUAGUGUUGAAAAACAAUCUAUUAGAAAUUAUUUAUAUUAUUGUAUAAUGUUUAAAAGUAGUGGUAGUGGUAAUAAUGAAAAUUAUGAAUGGUUUAGAUAUUUAGUUGGAUUUGAUGCAAGAAAAUUUUUAUUUGAAAAUUGUAAUGGAAGAAAAGAUUUACAAAUAAAAUAUUUAGAUUAUUUUUUAGAUGGUGGCAAUAUUAGUUUUAGAAUUAUGAUUGAUUUAUUUGAUUUAUUAGUUUCAUUAAAUGAUAUUAUUUUAAUUGAAAUGGUUGGAAAUUUAUUAAAAGAUAAAAUUAGAAGAUCUUCUACCACAACUUCAAAUGCUACUUUACCACAUCAAACAUUUGUAUUCCCAAAAUCAACUCAAGUAAUUGACUAUUUAUUAUCACCAAAUAAUUUAGAACUAAAACCAAUUAUUAAAUUUAAAAUCGAUUGUUUAUUUACUAAAAGAGAACAAGGAGAAGAUAAUGGCGAUGGUGAUGGUGAUGAUGAAUUAAGAAAUAAUAAUAAUAAUUAUCAAUUAUUGUAUCAUUAUAAAAAUAAUUAUCCAAUUAAUUAUUUUGCUGAUUUAGGAAAUGUUUAUAUUUUUUAUCAAAUUAGAAUUUGUUCAAAUGAAACUAUAGAUUUUAUAUUAGAUAACGAUAAUAUUAAAGACUUUUUAAAAGAAACUGACCUUGUAACACUUUUUAAAUCAAAAUAUUAUUUACAUGGGUCAAUAGAGAAAAUUUCAUACCUUUUUAAUGAAAUUAGGAGAAUGAAAUCAAAAACAACUCAUCUAGUUCAAGAUCCAUCCCAAAUUAUUAAUGCACCAUUAUUAUUAUAUUAUUAUCAUCAAGGUUUACAUAUUGCUGAUAAGGAUAUUAUUUUAAAUGAUUCAUUAAUAUUUGAAAUUGCAGUUAGAUCGGAUUUUAAAUUAUUUGAAAGAAUAUUAUCAUUAAGUCAUUGUUCAAGAGUAAUUACUAGAAUAUUAUCUUAUUCAAUAUCGUUAGGUAAAUUAGAAAUGUUUGAAUAUAUAGUAAAUUCUGAAAAACAUAAAAAUAUAUUAUUAAAUGAAAUAACUCCAACUUCAAAAAUUCUAACAAUAUAUGAUAUAAAUUAUCUAAUAGAUAAAGCUUAUACUUGUUUUCAACCAAAGUUUAUAAUUUACUUUAAAGAGGUUUUAAAUUUUAGAAUUAUUAAUAAUUAA